CCCCCUCGCCCGCGCCCCGUUGACCAUGAGUGCAGACGCCACACGCAGCGCCCCAGACGAGGAAACGCCUCUUCUCGGCCGAGAUGGGCCCGCCGGCGGAAAGUCGGCCGUGGGCUCUGUGCAUCGAGCAAGGCGCUACCUGCAGAGCAAUGUCAACAGGAACUGGGCCGACGUCGUCUUGAUCCUGUGUUAUGCCAUUACAGGCCUGCUCGACAGCUCUGCUGUCUUCAUCUGGGGCUCCUUUGUGAGCAUGCAGACGGGCAACACCGUCUAUCUCGGCCUGGGCCUCGUCGCGCCGUCAGAGGGCGUCCGCUGGAUCAAAGCAGGCACCUCAAUUGCUGCUUUUUGUCUGGGCUCCUUCUGCUUCGCACGCUUCCAUCGCUACUUUUCGCCGGCCAAGCGAUGGGUCCUGAUUGCGUCAUAUACGUUCCAAAUGAUGCUCAUUGUUGUCGCAGCAACCAUUGCAACCUUUGGCGAGAAUGCAAACGACGGCCUGCACUGGCAGGUUCUUGUGCCUCUUGCCUCGGUCGCCUUCCAGUCCAGCGGCCAGGCCGUCACGUCGCGCGCCUUGAAGUACAAUGGCCUAACUAGCGUCGUCCUGACCAGCAAUUACUGCGACUUGUUUUCCGACCCGGACCUCUUCAACAUGUCCAACGUCGAGCGCAAUCGCAGACUGGGUGCGCCGCUCGCCCUGCUCAUCGGCGCAUGUGCCGGCGGAUUGUUUGCGCAUAGCAGCGUAGGCCUCGCUGGCUCUCUGUGGACUGCAGCUGCACUCAAGCUCAUGGCUGUUUUUGCAUGGAUGCUGUGGAAAUCGGAGAAGGUUCAAGAGUAGGAUGGGCAGGGAAACUGGGACGUGUCGGAGUAUUGAACAUGUUGGCCUGUCCAUUUCCUCGAUAGCCACUACUGUAUUUGGGCGAGUCCUUUUGACUACAUCUACAAGGCUACAAUAUUUGCAUAGAGCGGACCGUUAUACUUAGACGUACGCUAGUUGGUUAGACUUGUGUCUAGAAGAAGAAGAAGAAGAAGAAGAAGAAGUUAGAUAGCAAUUCCACCAAGCAGUUGUUAGAACCCUC